CCUUUCGGCGCCGCCGCAGUGCGCAGAGCAGCUCUGGUCCUCACAGCCUGUGCACCGGAGGGGCGCGCUCCCGAGCUGGCGCAGUUUCCCAGCGUGGUGCCCGCCCCUCAUCCUCCUCAAGUCUCCCUCCCCUCGCUGACUGCCGCCCCACGCUCCGCCAUGGGGAAUGUGCCAUCUGCGGUGAAGCACUGCCUCAGCUACCAGCAGCUUCUCCGGGAGCAUCUCUGGAUUGGGGAUUCAGUGGCAGGGGCGCUCGACCCCGCGCAGGAAACAUCCCAGUUACCUGGACUCCCUGAGUUUGUUAAGAUAGUGGAAGUUGGACCUAGGGAUGGAUUGCAGAAUGAAAAGGUUAUAGUUCCUACAGAUACAAAAAUUGAAUUUAUCAAUCGACUUUCCCAAACUGGCUUGUCUGUAAUAGAAGUGACUAGCUUUGUGUCUUCCAAAUGGGUACCACAGAUGGCUGAUCACACUGAAGUAAUGAAAGGCAUUCAUCAAUAUCCAGGAGUUCGCUAUCCUGUCCUUACUCCUAAUCUUCAAGGUUUUCAGCGUGCUGUUGCUGCUGGAGCCACUGAGAUAUCAGUUUUUGGAGCUGCAUCUGAAUCCUUUAGCAAGAAGAACAUUAACUGUUCCAUUGAAGAAAGCAUGAGAAAGUUUGAGGAGGUUGUUAAGUCUGCAAGACACAUGAAUAUUCCAGCACGAGGGUAUGUGUCUUGUGCCCUGGGCUGUCCAUAUGAAGGAAGCAUUACACCACAGAAAGUGACAGAAGUGUCUAAGAGAUUGUACAGCAUGGGUUGUUAUGAGAUCUCUCUAGGAGACACAAUUGGAGUGGGAACUCCAGGAAGUAUGAAAAGAAUGUUGGAAAGUGUGAUGAAAGAAAUCCCACCAGGUGCUCUUGCUGUUCACUGUCAUGACACAUAUGGACAAGCCUUAGCAAAUAUCCUUACGGCCCUUCAGAUAUCCACAGGUAUAAUGGAUAGCUGGAAAAAGCUGCUUCUGAGCUAGAGGAAAUUUUAAACUGACAUCCAGUUAAUCAAUAUUUAAAAAUAACACAAGAGUUCUCAUUCUACUGUAAUAAGCUAAAAAUGAAAGUGGUUAAUCUUCAUGCAACAGACUAUGCUUAGAUCAUAAACUUGAAGCUCACCAAGAGAGUAAAGCUCACUGAGAAAGAAACUAAACACGUCUAAAUAUGCCCUGCCACUCCCACAGCAUUUCCUACAAGCUGAUCAAAGGGUCAAGCAGUAGGAAAAUCGAUUGUCAAGUGCUUAUUGAGUAAGAAAACUAAAAAAGAAUGAAGACUGGAUUCAUCAGUAGAAGGGUUUUAUGUUUGCUUGUUUGAUUUUCUUUUUAUUCUUAUUUAACAGUUGUGUGGUUUUUAUUGCUGUUGUUGUUGUUUUAAAUCAUUGUUUCCACACUUACAUCAGCACCAUUAAUUUUCAGUUGGUUGAUACUCUAGGAUAAAAGAGUAGGCAUAGGGAAUAACAUAUAUUGUGAUCUCCAUUCCCACAAGUCCCAUCUCACUGGACCAAGGAAACUCUAACACAUAUUGGAUAGUUAGAACAUCUUUUGGGGGAUCCAGAGGCUGAGAAGGUCAUAGGCACAGUCCUGAAGUGCAGAUAUACACCGAGAAGUAGAGUAGAGGUUCAUGAAACUGACAGAUUACAGGAUGGAGUAUAGGACUGGAGCUGUUCACUUUCCAUGAGGUCAGGUGUUGUGGUUUUCUGUUUCAUUUUCCUGAAGCAGUGUCUUCCUAAGGGGUACUUUUAGUUUUUACUGACUUUUCUGUUAGCUACAGAAUAUAAUAUUGGGAUAAUUGCAUUUCCUCACAUGCAAAAUAAUUCUGUUACACUAGAAGAUAAAUCAAAGUAUAUGUUCAUACCAUUUUCAUGAAAUUUUCUUUGAUUCAAAACAGAGUUAAUCAAAAUAUUUUGUUUGCUUUUCUUGACAAAUUUGAUUACAUUAUUGUGAUCAUAGUAAUUCCAAAAAUGAAAGAUGAUGGAUCUUUGUUUUUAUCACUAAUUGCACCUAGUAUGACAUAAUUCUUAGGUUUCAGCUGUUAUUUUAUUUUCUUCAGACAUAAUAAUUCAAGCUUAAAAUCAGGACAACUCAUUCUGGUUAAAUUUUACCUUUUAAAAAGUAAUCAUUCUUAAUUUUAAAAUAAUUUUUCCUUGCAGUUAUCACCUUCGAGAAAAGAAAGCAUUAUCUGUUAAUACUAAUAGUUUCUUCUCAGUCUAAUCUUUCUUCUUCUAGGGGCUUAAAUUUAUAUUAUGGUAAAGAUUGAGGCCAGAUAAUGAUACAAUUCUUCCUUUGGUGUAUUACCUUUUUAAGAACCUCUUACCUAUUCUGUAAAUGUCUCUUAUUAUUUUAAUCUUGUUUUUAAUAUCUUGUUUUUAACCAAACACUUCUAGCAUAUUUCUUAACACAUAUGGCCUUAAUUUGGAAAUUUUGUUGUUAUGCUAUGGUGUUUGCAUAAAACAUAUUAAGCUUUUUAUUUUAAAAUUUCUUUUCAUGUUUCUUUUUUUCAAUUCUUUUUCUCUCACUUGAAAGUUCAUAUUUACAAGGAAAUUUUAUGCAUAUACAUUCUUGCCCCUGAAUAUAAUGUAACACAGACUUUUUCCUUUGGAACACUGGUUUGAAUUGGCCAGUAUGGUACUGAACAUAAACUACUAUUCACAUGACUGUUUUUUUUAGCUUAAUGUAAUAUAACCAGUUAAUGGUUAUAUGCCCAGCUGUUAAACACACUACCCCCAACACACACAAUUGGAAGCACUGUUAACUCCAAUAGCCCAAAAUUUAGGAAUCUCUUAGCUUUAUCAGUUGAACAACUUUCUCAUAUAUUGCCAAAAUAUUUCUAACUCUGGGUUUAAAUGAAAUGGAAGUAAUAUAUAUUGUUAGUCACACUGGCUCAUUCUUAUAAAAUUACUGCUCAGUUUAGAAUACCAGAUUUAUUUAAUAGUGUCAUUGAAGGUUGGGUUAAAGAUUGAAAACCAAUGUAAUGGAGGAUGUGGAGAAUUUAAUCAUUUUAAGUCAAACAGUUGGAACUCUCAUCUGGAACUGACAAAGUUUUAUUUAUUUAUUUAUAAAUGACUCUUCAAUAGAGAGCAUAAUGUACAAUAUAAAUUAUUUCUAUCAAUUGGAAUCAUUUAGAAUUAUUUUAUGAAUUAUUUUAAAAUACAAAUUUAACCUAAAAAAUGUUUGUUGACUAUCUUCUGUGUAACAGUCUCUCUGCUGCUAGGUAAACUGGUUAAUUUUUUUAAAUCAUGAUGAAACAUCACCUUUUCCUCAAUAAUUUUUUAAUCUAUCAAAUAAAAUAUGAGAAUCAUGUCAAAUUGCAUAGGCAAGAAGUCAAGUUGUAUUUAUCCACAUUCUAAAUUUGUUAUGCUGACUUAACUUUUAAAAACAUCUGUAUAAAUAUGAUUAACUGUAAGAAUCAGGUUAUGGCUACCUACUUCUACUAAAGAAUUUUCAGAUUAAGUAAUACAAUUUUAUAAAAUUUGUGUCUUUUGCUGAUGGAAACUUUAACAGAUUUCAAGAAAUGUUAAAAUCACAGUACCCUGUGUCAUCCAAGCCUGAAAUAAAAUUUUAUUUUUGUCCA